GAGAGGAUCCAGGCUGACUGGAGGAAGGAAGGGCCUUAUCUCAUCUGGGCUCAGGUUUGGGAGAGAAGGCUGCUCAGAGGAGGUGCUGCCUCAACCAGUCUUAAAGGUCGGGUAUGGGAAGGGCACCCUGGCCAAGAGAAUAGCCUGGAUAAUGGCUUAGAGGCAAUGCAGUGUGCAGAGGGCGCUUGGUUGUUCUCUCCUGAUGGCCCCGCCGGGUCUGGAGCCUCCAUCUGGCCAGCAGAGGGCGCAGAAGGACUGCCUGGGCCGCUUGGACGUGACCGCCUGGAAGUGGUUAGAGUUCCUGACAAGGUUCCCGGCCAAAACGGGUCCCGCGGCCCACUUGUGUGCAAGAUAGCAGGAAAAUGUCCGUGCUCCGAGGAGAAUGCAAAGGCUGGUGGAUGUACUGCCUUUCCUCUGCUGCUCUCUCGGCUGGGGGCAAGAAUGACAGGACGUGAACAUGCUCACAAGGGUCCGGAACUCACGACCCCCCCAGAGGCCCCCCCUACUCCUGGGCUUGCAGGAUUUGGGGCACUAGCACAGCACAGCCCACCCCUUGGGACCAGCACCCCCUCCCCAGUUCUGCUCUCUGCAGCAACAUAGUGUACAAAUAUUGUUCCUUUU